AUGGGCCCUCUCCUUGGGCUCGCCAAAGCCUUUUGUGGCCCUGCGUUGGCCCGUUCAGGGACUUUGACUCGUCUUCAGACCUGGGUCCGACCCCUACCUACCCGUUUAUAUCACUUGGAUGGGUGCAACCAAGAUGUGUUGGCCAUUGCCCAAUGUCUAUCAAAAGAAGGGUCUAAUGUCGUGGUCAUGACCGGUGCCGGGGUCAGCACGCCCUCAGGGAUCCCGGACUUUCGUACCCCCGGAUCUGGUAUCUACGACAAUCUUAAGCAAUAUCGGCUCCCCUACCCGGAAGCCAUCUUCGAUAUUAGCUACUUCCGGCAAUCCCCGGACGCCUUUAACACCUGGGCCAAAGAGUUCUUUCCCGGCCUGCGAUACCAUCCCAACCUGGCCCAUUUCUUCAUCAAACUUCUUCAUGAUAAAGGCAAGCUAGUCCGACUUUACACUCAGAACAUUGAUGGCUUAGAAGUGUUGACCGGCCUUCCUCAUGAACAAGUGGUUCACGCCCACGGGUCAUUUAAUAGCGCCUCUUGCGCAGCUUGUGGGCAAGACGCCGAUCUGGACGAGUACAAGCAGAGCAUCCUGCUCAACCAAAACCCGAGAUGUGCUUGCUCCGAGAAAGCACCCAUCAAGCCAGAUAUCGUAUUCUUCGGCGAGAAUCUGCCCGAUCGGUUCCAGAUGUUCCAAGAAGACACGGCCUUUUCGGACUUCUUGAUCUGCAUGGGCACUUCGUUGGAAGUGUAUCCUUUUGCCGGAAUUGCCGACGCUGUGCCAAGAAAAGUACCCCGACUUCUCAUCAAUCGGACAUUGGUGGGAUCGUUUGGAUCACGGGAAGAGGACUGCCUUCUUUUGGGCGAUUUAGUGGAGCAAGUUAUCCAGCUCUGUCGGGCUUUGGGUUGGGAACAAGACUUGUUCGACCUCAAGAAUGCAUAUGACAAGGAAAAGCAAGCUGGGCAAUAAAGAACUUUCAAGAAAAGUGGAUCUUGAGAUCAAUGGAUUGGAACAUAUUUUUGGGGCAGGCUAGCUCAAGCUUAGAACAAAGACCCCCAGGGAUUUACCAAAGGGAUCCUUGGCAUCUUGCCAACGUUUUUUUUUGCAUGCCAAAAAAUACUUUCAUGCAUGGGGUUAUAAAACCCUGCCUAGUAACAACAACUGCGAAAGCCGGUUGAAAGGAAAUGGAUCGACAUUAUUGAAUUCGUGUUCUCAUGAAUGAUGUCUAAACAACUCAGAGUCUGCCAAUGACACUUGAUUGACAAUGUUGUUUUGACUUGGCUGGGGAAAGUGUGAAAUGAAAGUAGCGCGGGAGAUGUGCUUGUUUUCCCCACACCUCACAGUUCACUCUUGCACGGACGUACUUGUAUACAUACGUAUACUAGUAUAUACAGUACAGUGCAAGUGAGUAGUUUCUGGAUUGCUCCACCACGUUUGGUAUCGUCAAUCUUCACGUCACUUGGACACGAGGUCCACUCGAAGUUCUCUGGUGAUGAUUGAUGAUGAGCAUAACCAGUGGCACGUGUAAUCCGAGCAUGAUUCAACGUCAGAUGACAUGUGCACUAAAGCGUUUUGUUUUUCUAUUUGAGACAAUUUUGCAUGACCCUACUAAAUAAGGUGGAUGCUCCAA